CCCCGGCUCUGGCCCUGGCCCAUUCGCUGUUGGGUCUUCCGCUAGGGAGGAUGUCGGGCUCGUCGCUGCCCAGCGCCCUGGCCCUCUCGCUGUUGCUGGUCUCUGGCUCCCUCUUCCCAGGGCCAGGCGCCGCUCAGAACGUGAGAGCACAAUCUGGACAGGAUCAGAAGUAGAGAAUGAAGUUGUAAGAGAAAGGGAAAGACAGAAGAAAGGCUGCAGUAGUACGAGGAGAAAAGCAGGAUGCAAGAAUGAGGAAUGAAUCUUCGUUUGAGGAGCAUCCGGAAAAAUAGAAUCUGUCAGAAAGAGUAAAUAGACCAGGGACCUCUAAACUGGGUUUGUCAAGUCGCCCAUGUCAGAAACUAAGCUCACGGGGGACGCCUUUGAGCUGUACUGUGACGUGGUCGGGAGCCCCACGCCAGAGAUCCAGUGGUGGUACGCAGAAGUCAACCGGGCAGAGUCUUUCAGACAGCUGUGGGACGGUGCUCGGAAGCGCCGUGUCACCGUAAACACCGCCUACGGGUCAAACGGCGUGAGUGUGCUGAGAAUAACCCGGCUCACCUUGGAGGACUCUGGGACUUACGAGUGCAGGGCCAGCAACGACCCCAAGAGGAAUGACUUGAGGCAAAACCCCUCCAUAACAUGGAUUCGAGCCCAGGCCACCAUAAGCGUCCUUCAGAAACCAAGGAUUGUCACCAGUGAAGAGGUCAUUAUUCGAGACAGCCCUGUUCUCCCUGUCACCCUGCAGUGUAACCUCACCUCCAGCUCUCACAUCCUUACAUACAGCUACUGGACAAAGAAUGGGGUGGAACUCAGUGCCACUCGUAAGAAUGCCAGCAACAUGGAGUACAGGAUCAAUAAGCCGAGAGCUGAGGAUUCAGGCGAAUACCACUGCGUAUAUCACUUUGCCAGCGCUCCUAAAGCAAAUGCCACCAUUGAAGUGAAAGCUGCUCCUGACAUCACUGGCCAUAAACGGAGUGAGAACAAGAAUGAAGGGCAGGAUGCCACGAUGUAUUGCAAGUCAGUCGGCUACCCCCAUCCAGACUGGAUAUGGCGCAAGAAGGAGAACGGGAUGCCCAUGGACAUUGUCAAUACCUCUGGCCGCUUCUUCAUCAUCAACAAGGAAAAUUACACUGAGUUGAACAUUGUGAACCUGCAGAUCACAGAAGACCCUGGCGAAUAUGAAUGUAAUGCCACCAACGCCAUUGGCUCCGCCUCUGUUGUCACUGUCCUCAGGGUGCGGAGCCACCUGGCCCCACUCUGGCCUUUUUUGGGAAUUCUGGCUGAAAUUAUCAUCCUUGUGGUGAUCAUUGUUGUGUAUGAGAAGAGGAAGAGGCCGGAUGAGGUUCCCGACGAUGGAAUGGCCUUUAAUAAAUGCUACGAUGAACCAGCUGGACCAAUGAAAACCAACUCCACCAACAAUCACAAAGAUAAAAACUUGCGCCAGAGAAACACAAAUUAAUACUGCUUACAAUAACUUUAGGUUCCUGAAACUGGUGGCAACAUGACCUGCUAAAUUUUCUGCUUGGACCUCUUUGGUUCUCUCCCCUUUCAAGUGAGCAACACCACAAUGACUGUCUAAAGCAUGCCUUAUUUAGCCUCUCCUGUAAGGGUGACCUAGCCAGGUACAUUUUAAACAAUGCUUCAGUGUAGAAGGUGUAAACUAUUUUGGGCUUGAUGUGCUGUGAAUGUUGCUUUUUUUCCUUUGUUAAAAUAUUUAAAUAGAAGUGAAAAGGUCCUCUGAGGAUCCGAUCAUGAUGCAUGCGCCAUUUUUUACUUAAUGCAGCUGUUAAAUUGGCAAAGCUCUAAAAUGCACUGCUGCCAUCUAGUGAUACAUUUUUGUAAAGUACAGCAAAACCUACAGAUAUAUACAGUAUAUAAAUAUAUAUAUAUAUUUAUAUUUUUGGGGGUGGGAGAAAUCCAAAAUAAAUGCUUGUUUCAUUUUUAAGCUGCUGAUAUUCAUUCCUUAUUGUAUGUUGUCAGAUGAGGAAAUUGUGCAGUUCUGGUACAUAAAGAUGAGUAAUAUAAACUGAAACCUAUCAUUGUUAAGGGCUUAACCUGUGACUUUAAUAAGCUGGAACAGUCCACUGAAUGGGUAUAAUGAAUUGCAGUAUAUACGUAUGAUUGCUUUUUAAGUGAUCUUUUCUUUUGUUAAGUCAUGUAAAUUCAUAAAUCCUUUUGCACUGAUGUGUUGAAUCUUAUUCUUGUACAUUCAAUCAAGGCAAACUUUUAUAAUUUUUCUUUUGUUUUCAAUGACCUUGAAAUGUUAUAGCAUGGUGAUAUUCUAUGCAACUCUAGUUAUACUUUUUGGUUUGACACUGUAUUUUUUCACAUUGAUUUACUGGUUGAUGGUAGAUUUUAUAACCUAACAGGGUUCUCAUGCGGUGCGUAACUGUAGAUGCAUGUACUUGUGUUUUGUGUAAUUAUUGAAGUGCAAUGAUGUAUAAAAAAGUGGAUUCACCUGUUUUUAAAAAUAAAACAUUGAUAAAAGGUG